AAAGAAAAUAGGUACAGAUUUACGAUUGCUAAAUCAUGCAAAAUGGAACGAUGGAUAUCACUAUAAAUACGAGCAAAUUUCAAUAUUCAUCGUUUUUAUUUACUGUUUAAAUUAAUAUUAUAGUGACAUUAUAUACCAGUUCAAACAAUGCAUGCAAGAGAUUGGUUUUUGGUAUUUAUUGGAUUCUUCCUUCCUCCAAUUCCUGUUUUAGUUAAAAGAGGUGUAUUAUCGGCAGAUUUUUGGAUUAAUAUCUUACUAUGUAUUCUAGGAUUUUUACCAGGAUUAUUACAUAGUUUCUACAUCAUAUCAAAAUAUCCUUAUCACCAAGGUUAUGCUGCUUUAGGAGGUGAUGGACAUGAUAAUCGUGAUUAUGGAGCUACUAUAGGUUAGUAAAAGGAUGGUCAAUUUAAAUAUGUUAAGUACAAUAUAAGAUCUAAUGUUUACGUAUUAUUAUUAUUUUUAUCAUUAUUAUUAUUAUUGUUAUAAUAGCGAUAACAAAAGU